CGCCGCUCGCGGGGGCAGGAAGCGGAGGCGGCGCGGGGGGCUGGGAGCGCCGUUCCCUCCCUCAGGUGUGCGCGGGAGGCGGCGCGGACCUGUCUUCCCCUGAGAAGGCGGGCGAGAAGCCCUCUUCGCCCCGCUUCCUGCCGGCGGGAGGGGGAGAGCUUCCCCCCUCGGUGCCAGCACGCCUCCGGGGCUGCUCUGCCGGUGUGAGGGGAGCGGGGCCUCCGUGGCGCCUGGCAGGUUGUAGCUGUGGAGGUCUGGCCCUGGAGAUCCUGGCGAGCUCCUUCACUGUCCUCUUUCGACUCCCUCAGCCUCCGUGAGAGUUUCGCAGCCCGCAGGUAGGGAGCUCACUUCCGAAGGUCAGUGUAGACGGAGCUGCUUGGGGUCUUCUCUCAUUACUAAAGCCGUCUGAGAAACAACUUUCCUUUAAAAAAGAGCUGUUCCUGAAGCCUUAGGAACGCAGCCGUGGUGAGAGCGGGUCAUCCUAAACACGGUUGAGCUGAUGUGCUCUGGAAUUAGAUUAAUUUGAAGAGCCAGAAAAGAGGAAUCCUCCUCCAGACUGCGUUUCUAAGUGGGAGGGAAAAAAACUUAUCUGUGGCCAUGAUAGAUCCUUUAGAGAACAACUUGUUUGAUCUUCCUGAUUAUGAGAAUACAGAAGAUGAAAUGUUCCCACCUCUUCCACCUCCUGCCUCUCCAGGAAGAGAUGAUGUUGAAUGGGCUCAAGCUAAUGGAGAUGGAAACCAGCAGUCACAAACAAAGGAUUCUGCUGUAACUACACGGAAAGCAGUUAAAAGACCAAUGCCUAAACUAGAUGCCCAGAGGUUAGUUUCAGAAAGAGGACUUCCGGCACUAAGACACAUGUUUGAUAACGUAAAGUUCAAGGGUAAAGGGCAUGAGGCAGAGGACCUGAAGACACUCAUACGACAUAUGGAACACUGGGCUCAUAGACUAUUUCCAAAAUUGCAGUUUGAGGAUUUUAUUGACAGAGUAGAGUGUUUGGGAAACAAAAAGGAAGUUCAGACCUGCCUAAAGCGGAUUAGACUUGAUCUUCCUAUUUUACAUGAAGACUUCGCAAGUAAUGAAGAUGGUGGAGGGGAAAGCAAUGGACUGGAUACAGCCACUGAAGAUAUACGUUCUGGCUCUGGAAACGCAGAAGAACUCAAUUCUCUGUCUGGUACAACUCUCACGGAAGAGCAACAGCAGCGAAUCAAGAAGAACAGGCAGUUGGCCUUGGAACGUAGGCAAGCAAAGAUGCAGCGUAACAGCCAGUUGCAACACAACGAGCUCUCCACUAAUUACUUGGAAGAGGAGUUUAAUACCCCAGUUACUCAGGAUCCCACUGACCUUAUUGAAGACACUCAAAUUACCACAACCGAGGUUGCUGUUACAGAAGUUGAAGAUGGAGAUACAGAAUUGGAAUGUGCCAGUGAGGAGCAGUAACCCUUCCUUAUACUUGUGAACAACUUCCUUGACUGAAACACCCCAAGGUUUUCAGUACUGUCAUUCCAUUGAAAUGUUGCUGGCUUUUUGCACUCUGACUCUAGAAGCUUUGCAGAAGUCUUCCCCAUGACGUGGGUAUAGUGGGACAGAACUCUUCUCUUGAAACUGCAGAUGAGCAACUCUGUACACCAGAAAACUGAACAAAGUUCUUCAUCUGCAUUUGAGACAUCUUUUCCACCUCCUCCAACAUUCUUUAGGAAAUGUUAAUGAUUUUUUUACCUACUUUGAAUUUAGUUUACAGUUGAUGUCAAACUGAAUUAACUGGGAUAUUGACAGGUGAAAUUUCUAUUAACGUUGUGUUGGGUUUUUUUAAUAGAAGAUAUAUACAAUAGCAGGUGGUGCUAUGUCUGAACUGGUGUCCUGGAUUUUUUUUAAACUUGCUUAUAAAGUUCUUGUAAGCUUUUUCUUAUAAAACAGAAGCUAUUAAAUUUCA